UGUUGUUAUUUUGCUUUCCAAACACCGCUCCUGUCAAAAAUAUCUCGAAUUUUGCCGCAAAAGAAUUCAAAAAUGUCUCACUUCGAAGACGUUCGAAAUUUGAAGACCAAAAACGCGGUGGCCUCCGUUCCGCCGUCCACCGUCAAGCCAAAAUCCCGCGUCAAGUCCCACUUCCGAAAUGAAAACUGCGCAGCAGCCAGCAUUCCUUCCCCACUGGAUCAAACCCGCUCCGUCCCCAAUCUGAAGGUGACCAUCAGCUCCGCCGAUUCCCGACAGGUUGCCGGUCCCGACGGUGACGCGGCCACGGUUCGCCUUGUGAAGGGCUCCCAGAAGCAGGAAGUCAAGCGGCUGGCCUCGGUUCGCCGCAAGCUGGAGCAGGGACAGGCGAAGGUGCGAGAGGCGGAAGUGGUCGUGAAGCAGGUUCCUCCCGAGCGGAAGUUGCCGGAGCAGGUCGUUGUGCUGGAGGACGAGGACGAACCGAUGCUGUGGGAAGCGAUUCGGGAGCAGGACCGGGUGGCCGCGGAGUUUGAAGCGACGAGCUUGGCGGAAGCGGAAGUGGUCAACCGACGGUUGGAGGAACUUUCGGAACGGUUGCGCCGCAAGAAGCUGGACAUCGAGCUGAAGGAGGAACGCAAACGGGCUAUUUUGGCCCACAAAGCGAGCUUUCAGACGUUGCUGAACGUCUACAUGGACACGUUGGCCGGAUAUGACGGGGAGUUUGUGGCCAGCUUCAUCAACCAGGAGAAAUCCGUGCUGGAUUUGAUCGAAAGCUUCAAUCAGCUUCUCGGGGCAAACGAUGGUCGCGAGACGACACUGGCGGACGUUGACCGGACGGCCGAGCUUUGCAAGCAGUUGGAACGGAUCAACACGGAGGUCAUCGACCUGCGCAACCAAAUGAUGAAGGAGCGCGGACUCGUGCAAGAAGUCCCACCUCCGUCCGGAAUCCCCUUCAACUCCGACGAAGUGCUCAAAUUCUACUCCGAAAUCAAACACUUCUACGAGCAAACCCAGCUGAAGAUCCAGCCCCUGGCGGACGAUCCGUCCCUCUUCGUCUACCGGAAGAAUCUCGGAACGGUGGUGAACGUGGCAGUCAGCACGAUGUCCGGCAGUUGUGCCUGGAUUGAGGCUCAGUUCAACCUGCUGCAUGCGCUGCUCGGAGGAGCGCGCGUCGCGGUGGCAAACAGUGGGACUUUCGUUACGACCGAAGGCUACCCGGAGGCCAGGGCGUACUGCGCGAGUAUGCUGGCGGAGAAGUAUGUGCACCAAGCGGACCUGCUCAUCUCGAACAACCCUCCGUGCGCCUUCCCGAUCGCCUCCGUCAUUGUGGCCCUGUGGCAGAAAUACCCCGACUUUGGCCGCCUCUUUCUGGCCGUCCUCUUCCGGGAAUGCCCCUUCCUGGCCCCAUUCUAUCCAGCCCGCUCGGAGCCAGACCAAGACCAAGCCGAUUACCGGCGCUCCCUUGGCUACCGAUUCGGACCGGACGGCACUCCGGAGCGCCAGAUUGUCUACCUGAAGCGGAUGGCCGCACUGGCUCGCCUCUACGGCGCAAUCGUCGCGAGUAAUCUACGCAAGGGGACCGCCGGUUUGCCCCAUCCUCACGGGUUGGAGUUUGGCUGGAGGUGGAUCUGUGCCGUGCUGAAUAUGACCCCGCUUGCGGACAUUUGCGCCACGCUGCUGACGGAGGUGCUGCUGAUGGCUGGCCACCGGAUGUGGCACAGCUACGGGGACCAGUUUGUCAAGGUGCUGCGGGUACUUUACGAAAAGUACGUUCCGAUGCUGCCGAAAGGGGAAGGAUGGCCGAAAGCCCGGCUGGACCGGCUUCUGCUCAAGAUCAAGGUGGAGGGACGCAUUGAGACGCCGAUCGGAAUGGUCGGAGAAGGAUUCUGGUGAAGUUGAGGGCUGGGUCAUCUUAAAAAAUAACUGAAUUAUUUUACUUUGUCUACCAAUAUAUUACCUUUCUCGUGUACACUGUAUAAGAAUGGUUGUUGUUUGCUUUUACUGUUUUGUUCCUGCGUCCGUUUUUUUUUUCUUGCGUUCCUAGUUAAUAAUAUGUUGUGAGAGUACGUCCACGAUAAUUGUUGUCCUUGAAGGC